AUGGAUGCUGCAACCGAGGAGAAUUAUGAUGUUGUUGUAGAUACAAUGAAAGAUAGGUGGGCAAGUUAUCCAGCGGUGAUACAAUAUGUUGAGAGAACAUGGCUUUGUCAUAAAACGAAGUUUGUGACAUUUUGGACAAACCAAGUUCUUCAUCUAGGCAACACCAGCACUUGUAGAGUUGAGAGCCAACAUUCGGUCGUGAAGAUGUGGUUUGAAUCCUCGACAGGUUCUUUGGAUACCGUAUGGGCUCGAGUUCAUUGCCACAUUGGUAAUCAGAUCAUUGUUCUCGAUGACGAGACGAAAAGGAUGAGGGAGCUGAGCUAUCAGGUGUAUGAGCGAUGUGGAUGUGCAAUGCGUGUGACCCACGGUUUGCCCUGUGCUUUCCAGAUACAGUUCUCUCUAACUGCAGGGACAGGCUUGUAUAUCAGGAAAAUUCACCCGUUCUGGAAGACCUUGGUUAUCGGUGAUGGUGAUGAUGGACCAGUGUUCGGUAAUGACUCGGCCGAGGACGCUGCACAUUUUCGUUCUCUGAUGGAUGAGGUAAUCGGUAGUGAUCCUGCUGUUCUUCAAAACGUAUCUCACAUCAUUGAAGAAGAACUGCAUCCGGAUCACUCUGACCUCGGAGAUCCUACUGUAAACCAGGUUCGUGGUCGACGAAGAAACAAUGAUACAAGACGUGAUCCUUGUUAUUUUGAACAUGUGAACCGCCAGAACACUGCACGUAGUGCACGCCAAAUAGAAGAUCCAUGUGACAUUAGCCAAAGUCGUUAUCGACACAUGCUUCCAAGACCGAUGUUGCCUUACAUUACAGGAUGGAAGGAUGUCAUCGGCGAUGGUAACUGCGGCUUUCUUUGUGUGGCCGAGUUCUUCUUCGGUGAUCAAGGACGAUGGUAUGACGCUCGAGAAACAAUAGAAAAUGAGGUCCUUGGUUAUCCAACCCUGUACGAGAGGAUUUACGGGCUUGGAAGACUUGGGAUCAAUGUGGAGCGAAUAAGAUGGGACAGUGGGGCGGUUGAUUCGCGUCAUUGGGUGACUGCAAUUCAAGAUUUAUUUCCUAUUGCUAAUUGGUUCAACACAAUGUUUAUUAUUCUUGGUGUUGGCACCGUACCAACCUGCUACUACCCAUGCCUCACGAUUUUUCCGUUGCGGGCACGAAGGGGGGUCACUGCACCUGAACGAGAGUUUGUGAUCGCUACAGUUGGGGGCUCACAUUUUAUCUGUAUUGACCUUGCACCAGAUUCAUCUCUUCCCCCGAUUGCAGGUUGGUGGACUGAGAACCACGAGCCAAGUGUUGACGGUUGGGAUCAGCGUUAUGCUGCUAGAAGGAACAUGUGGGAUGCGUUAAUUAGAUAA